AACACCAUCGAACAUUCGACAGACGGGGCCCCCUCGUGAAAACUUUUCGGUUCGUUCGCGUCUGUCGCCUCCAAAGCUUCCGCGCUCCGAUCGGCGAUAAUGCUAGUAGUGAUAAGGUUAACGCGUUGAUUUCUGCGCGGCGCCGACAACCAAUCACAGUGGAUCUUUGUAACAACCGAGCACUUCCGUUAUACUCAGUCACCGAUGCAAUAAAGCAAAGCCGGCGAUAAGAAGGCGUAAAGGCAGUAAAGGGGCCGCAGUUCAUUGCUUAGCCCUUCAGAUUGCCUACGCUUUUCCGUUCGCGGAUGGUCUCUCGUCACCAAGAUAUCCACGGAUUUGGAUUCGGGACUUUCAACGGAGAACGUCGAGCGAGAGAAAAGAAGGUUCUGCGGCGCUGGACAGAGAGGUUCUCCGCAAGACAUGGUGCUUCGAGCGCAGUUUCGCGUCCCUGUGCCAAGUGCGAAUACGCUCCCACGCUACGCCUUCCUUGCUGUGGCUGCGGCCUUGCUGCUCUUGAUCACGGGGCUACAGUUCAUCACGGUGCCUAGUCGAUUCGCGUCCUUCUGUCCUUGCCCAGAAGACGUCUUGACACGGCAGGUUGGCAUCGAGCAUGCCACGGCCGACGGCAUCAUGUCGCGGCGCAUCAGGAUCCAACGCGUGUGUCAGCGCUAUGCGGCAUGCGAGGAGCUACAGAGGCCGACCCCUGGCUGGGGCAUCAACAUGCCGAUGCUCGGGAACAGUAGCACGUACUGCGUUCCGGAGCAGUGCCCCAUCUUCAUCGACAACGCACGAUCACUGGCCUUCUGCUUCUUAGCAAAGGUGGCCUCUACUAGCGUGAAGACCCUAUUCCGUGAUAUGCUGGGCGUCAAGGUCAACCGCUCCGAUGACGGCCCGAGCAGCUGGGAAGAGCUGCACCGAGAAUUCCACCAUCAGACUCACCGGCUUGGUCCGCGCACCCUAUUCAUGCACGACGGCGGCAGGGGUUACAUCAAGGCCCUCUUCGUGCGGCAUCCGUUCGAGAGGCUUGUCUCGGCGUACGUCGACAAGGCACUCAGGCCGCGUUCCGAGGUGAUGUGGUUCUACAAGACCUACUGGGAGAAGAUACCCGGAGUCAAGACUGAAAACCGCACUCCUACGUUCGCGGAGUUCGUCGACUUAUUGCUGGCCACGCCCGUGCGGGAACUGGACGAACACUGGUCUCCGUACUACUCACGCUGCCAGCCCUGCCUGCUGGACUACGACUUCGUAGGCAAGCUGGAGACAGCGGACAGGGACUUUCCGCUGCUGUUCUCCGAGAUCGGCGUCGACGGAGGACGCUUCGGUCGCAUACACGUGAGCCGCAGAGGGAACACCGGAUGUGCUUCGCGAGCCAACGGCAGCCAAGCCAAAGCAGGAUCCUCGGCAGACUACUUUGCGACGCUAUCGCGGGACCAAGUCAUGGGGCUGUACUCGCGAUACUUCUACGACUUCGAGCUCUUUGGAUACGACUUUAGGGACUACCUCACGUAAACAGUGGUUGGUCAAGGAAAGGGAUGAACAUUUUAAGGUACGGAGAAAAGCUAACUUUGUGGCGUGCUCAAGCGGGCAGCCAGAGAAGGAUCAUAGCCGACCAAAAAGUGGUAAAGGUUAAUGAGUGGCAAUUACCUGUUAAUCACCUGCGUAGGUUAGGAGUUGGAUGUUCGAAGGCACAUAAUGGCUCUGGUAGACGGGGACGAUCGAGGCGAAGUAGCGCGAGUCACGGUACAGCUUGUGUUUUAGGAAAUGUUGAAGACGAAGGCUAGGGAAAAACGAAUGACAGGGAAGGCUAACGCGGGUUACCCAAAGUCAGCUGCUGUGCACAGCAGGAAGGGUCAUCGUGAUGGGGAACAAUCAUCCCGACAUGAAGAUAUGGCAGGUGUUACGUGCACGGUGAGAGUGUACCACUCAGUUACGAGCAUUGGUUUGUUGGCAGAAACUGUAACGCUCUUGUGUCAGUGACGUUUGACGCCACUGUUUCAUGAUGUGGAGUUGCAGCAACAGUCUGCUGUCUAGCAGGCUUGGCAUUGUUAGGAAAGAAUUUCCUUGGUGGAGAAGGGCUUCAAAACUCUGGCGAACCGCGCGCACGGUGCGACAAGAGGUAAAUAAACAAGAGAGAUCUGAGCGCUCCGUCAUCUGCGCGGUUUCGCCGUGUUAUACAAAAACCAAGUAAAUCAGCUUCAUGCUCUCAAGGACGUUCCGUCGAGUUCCGUUGAUCCGUAAAUGCCAUAGCAUAAAUGUCAUAGCAUUGCGUAAAUGCGUAGCAUAAUGUAAAUGUCAUAGCGUAGCGUAAAUGUCAUAAGCAAGAUGCUCGUUUUGUAAAUAUUUCUUUAAAAACACUGUUUUCUUCUCAGGAACGAAGCAAGUUGGACUGAUAUUUAAAAAUAUAAUCAAUUAACAUUUUGUUCGCUUAUAAUAUAACAAUGUGACGGUAACAAUAUGACAAUACGUUGUAGCAGUAUAACGAUAUGACUGCAAAAGUAUGACAGUAUGUUAUAGCAACACGACGGUAACAAUAAGCCAAAGACAACACCUUAAGGUAAGGUGCCUGAACUAAAUACUCAUUCCAACAUUUGCUUUAAUCAAACAAGUGAGACAGUCGCAAUAGCAAACAGUUCUCCUGCGUCAAUAUCAUUAAACGAUGAAAAUCAUCAUGUAAGACGCUUGUGUGAAUAAAGGAUUCAACACAUGUUUGUGUCUGGAAGUGCCUGCACAA